UCUGUUUUUUUGUUCCUUCUUCUGUCACCAUUUUCAAUCUUCAUGUAACCUUUUAAGAUAAUUUCUUCUUCUUUUUCUUCCUGUUAAUUUCUCUGAAGAUUGCUUGUAUCUUCGUGAUCGCUUUUUGCAAUCACAAUAAUGUCUAACCGUUCCUUCAAGAAUUUCAUAGAAGAAGAACUUGGAACAUUCCCGCAGUUCUUAAUCUACGCUCUUCUUGAAUGGAUCCUCAUCAUUAUCCUCUUCAUCGAUGGCUUCCUCGCUUUCUUCUCUAACCAAAUCGCUAAAUUCUUUGACCUCAAAAUCCCCUGUCUUCUCUGCACUAGACUAGACCAUGUUCUUGUCAGAAGAAACCCUGAUUUCUAUUACAACGACUCGAUAUGCGAUGCUCACAAGAAGAAUGUCUCAUCUCUCGCUUACUGUCAUGUUCACAAGAAACUCUCUGAGAUCAAACGAAUGUGUGAAGGAUGUCUUCUUUCUUUCGCCACCGAGAAAGAAUCAGAUGUUGAUACUUACAAGUCUCUUAUUGGAAUCUUACAUAAGGAUCUUGAGCUUCUUAUCGACGAUGAACGUGAGCUUCAAUUGGCUUUUCCAGCUGCGGGUUCGAAGAAAGAUGAAAACUUCUAUCAGAACAAUAACCAAUCUUUCUUCGCAGCUCCUAGUCCGUCUCCAAGAGUUUCAUUCAAUCAAAGAACUUUGGAUUUGUCUAAUAUUAAAUACACGGAUUCACCCGAGGAUGAUGAUGCUGUUAACACGAAAGGCGCUUCAGUGGAUCCAGUUGAUGACAGAACUCCGAGUUUUGUAAAAGGAGGCAAUAAAUUCUUUGGCAUUCCGCUUUCUGAUUCGGCUCAGAAUAGUCCGCGAUGGUCUGUUCGAUCUAUGAAGAAAUCUCUGAUUGAUCAGAAUGGUUCAGAGAGCGAAGUGUUGGAUGGAGAUUCGAUACUUCAGCAUCUAAAUAGACAGGUUAGAUUGGACCGUAAGUCAUUGAUGGAUUUGUACAUGGAGUUAGACGAAGAGAGGAGUGCUUCAGCUGUUGCAGCAAACAAUGCAAUGGCUAUGAUCACAAGACUUCAAGCCGAGAAAGCUGCGGUUCAAAUGGAGGCAUUGCAGUAUCAGAGAAUGAUGGAUGAGCAAGCGGAAUAUGAUCAAGAAGCUUUGCAGUCUAUGAAUAGUUUGUUGGUUAAGAGAGAAGAGGAAAUGAAAGAGCUUGAAGCUGAAAUUGAAGUUUAUAGAUUGAGAUAUGGAUUGUUGAGAGAAGAAGGAGGAGAAGCAGAAGAGUUUCUUGAUGAAGAGACUAAACCGGUCUCAGAUUUGCCUGUUUGUUCUUCAAAUCAUGAAGAAGAAUUGGAACAAAUGAAAGAUUCAGCUGAGGAUUCUAAAGCUAACAAUGGUGUGAUGAUCAUAGAGGAAGAAAAAGAGAGUGGAAGCAGAAAAGAUGUGUUAGUGAAGGAAAUUUCAGAGAUUACAGAGAGACUAAAUGCAAUUGAAUCAAAAGGUGAAUUGUUGCAGCAAAUUUCAGAUGUUUUAGAUGUUAGUGAAGGAGAAGCAAUUCUAUUACAGAUAUCUCAGAAUCUGCAUAUGCUUCGUAGUUUCAUUGAAAUGCCAUCAGAAUCAUGAAUCUGUUUUACUUACACUUCUUUUAUUAUCAGAAGAAAUGAAAACAACAUCCUUGUAUCAAAUCUGUAUGUAACUGAUACUGACAAUUUUAUUACAGAACAAGCAAAGAGCAUUUUUUCUGCCUUGUCUCUUACUUCAACUUCAAUCUUGAAUCUGUUCUGUUUUUUUAGAACUUUGGUUGAAUCUUUCUUCGAUGAUUCAUUGAAUCUAAAACCCUGACACCAAGUAAUUAUUGUUCCUAGUUAAAAAAUAUUAUUUAUGAAA